CUUCUCCAGGCUCGCUCGGGCCGCGGCGCUCUCGGCUAGCUGCAGCGGCGGCGGCGCGGAGGGGAAGGCGUCCAGGAUGCGGUGCGGGGCGGCCCGGUGCCCCCCCGCCCCGUCACGGCAGCCGCGGCGGCCGAGGGGACCGGGCCAGGGCCGGGGGCGGCGGCCCGAGCCGCGGUAGCGGCGGCGGCGGGAGGGGCGGCCUGAGGGCGGACGGGCGGGCGCCCGGGUUGCGGGGGCUCGGUGCCGCUCCGCACUGCCCGGCCCGUCUCGGCCCCGGCGCCAUGAGUGGCGGCGGCGGCGGAGGGGGCUCGGCGCCCAGUCGCUUCGCCGACUACUUUGUCAUCUGCGGACUGGACACGGAGACCGGGCUGGAGCCGGACGAGUUGUCGGCAUUAUGCCAGUACAUACAGGCUUCUAAAGCCAGGGAUGGUGCCAGCCCUUUCAUUUCAAGUACGACUGAAGGAGAAAAUUUUGAGCAGACACCAUUGAGAAGAACAUUCAAAUCUAAGGUCCUUGCACGAUAUCCUGAGAACGUAGAAUGGAAUCCCUUUGACCAAGAUGCAGUAGGAAUGCUAUGUAUGCCCAAAGGGCUGGCAUUCAAGACCCAGGCUGAUCCCAGAGAGCCCCAAUUCCAUGCCUUUAUUAUCACAAGGGAGGAUGGCUCUCGGACAUUUGGGUUUGCCCUCACAUUUUAUGAAGAGGUGACUAGCAAGCAGAUCUGCAGUGCAAUGCAGACCCUCUACCACAUGCACAAUGCUGAGUAUGAUGUCCUACAUGCUCCCCCUGCUGAUGACAGAGACCAGAGCAGCAUGGAGGAUGGUGAAGACACUCCUGUGACCAAACUGCAGCGCUUCAACUCCUAUGACAUUAGCCGGGACACUCUCUACGUCUCUAAGUGCAUCUGCCUCAUCACACCCAUGUCUUUCAUGAAGGCAUGUCGGAGCGUGCUGGAGCAACUCCACCAGGCAGUCACUUCACCUCAGCCCCCUCCACUGCCCCUUGAGAGCUACAUAUACAACGUACUCUACGAGGUGCCACUCCCACCUCCUGGCCGGUCCUUGAAGUUUUCUGGGGUCUAUGGGCCAGUAAUCUGCCAGAGACCAAGUACCAAUGAGCUUCCCCUAUUUGACUUUCCUGUCAAAGAGGUUUUUGAACUGCUCGGGGUGGAGAAUGUGUUUCAGCUUUUUACUUGUGCCCUUCUGGAGUUUCAAAUACUGCUCUACUCACAGCAUUACCAGAGACUGAUGACUGUGGCGGAGACGAUUACAGCUCUCAUGUUUCCUUUCCAGUGGCAGCAUGUCUAUGUCCCUAUUCUCCCAGCUUCUCUCCUGCAUUUCUUAGAUGCUCCUGUUCCAUACCUGAUGGGUUUGCAUUCCAAUGGCCUGGAUGACCGGUCAAAGCUGGAGCUGCCUCAAGAGGCUAACCUCUGCUUUGUGGACAUUGACAACCACUUCAUUGAGUUGCCAGAGGACUUGCCACAGUUUCCCAACAAAUUGGAGUUUGUCCAGGAAGUCUCUGAGAUUCUCAUGGCAUUUGGAAUUCCCCCUGAAGGGAAUCUUCAUUGCAGUGAGAGUGCCUCCAAGCUGAAGAGGCUGCGGGCCUCUGAGCUUGUCUCAGACAAGAGGAAUGGGAACAUUGCUGGCUCCCCUUUGCAUUCCUACGAGCUUCUUAAGGAGAAUGAAACUAUUGCCCGGCUGCAAGCCUUGGUCAAGAGAACUGGGGUGAGCCUGGAAAAGUUGGAAGUGCGUGAAGACCCCAGCAGCAAUAAGGAUCUCAAAGUUCAGUGUGAUGAGGAAGAACUCAGGAUUUACCAGCUAAACAUUCAGAUCCGGGAAGUUUUUGCAAAUCGUUUCACUCAGAUGUUUGCAGAUUAUGAGGUGUUUGUCAUCCAACCCAGCCAGGAUAAGGAAUCCUGGUUUACCAACAGGGAGCAAAUGCAAAACUUUGAUAAAGCAUCUUUUCUGUCAGAUCAGCCUGAGCCCUACCUGCCCUUCCUCUCAAGAUUCCUGGAGACCCAGAUGUUUGCAUCUUUCAUUGACAACAAAAUAAUGUGUCAUGAUGAUGAUGAUAAAGACCCUGUACUCCGGGUAUUUGAUUCCCGAGUUGACAAAAUCAGGCUGUUGAAUGUUCGGACACCUACUCUCCGUACAUCCAUGUACCAGAAGUGUACCACUGUGGAUGAAGCAGAGAAAGCAAUUGAGCUGCGUCUGGCAAAAAUUGACCAUACUGCAAUUCACCCACAUUUACUUGACAUGAAGAUUGGACAAGGGAAAUAUGAGCCGGGCUUCUUCCCUAAGCUGCAGUCUGAUGUACUUUCCACUGGGCCAGCCAGCAACAAGUGGACGAAAAGGAAUGCCCCUGCCCAGUGGAGGCGGAAAGAUCGGCAGAAGCAGCACACAGAACACCUGCGUUUAGAUAAUGACCAGAGGGAGAAGUACAUCCAGGAAGCCAGGACUAUGGGCAGCACUAUCCGCCAGCCCAAACUGUCCAACCUCUCUCCAUCAGUGAUUGCCCAGACCAAUUGGAAGUUUGUAGAGGGCCUGCUGAAGGAAUGCCGCAAUAAGACCAAGAGGAUGCUGGUGGAAAAGAUGGGCCGAGAAGCUGUGGAGCUAGGGCAUGGGGAGGUGAACAUCACAGGGGUGGAAGAGAACACCCUGAUUGCCAGCCUUUGUGAUCUCCUGGAAAGGAUCUGGAGUCAUGGACUACAAGUGAAACAGGGGAAAUCAGCCUUAUGGUCCCACCUGUUACAUUAUCAGGACAACCGGCAGAGAAAACUCACAUCAGGAAGCCUCAGUACCUCAGGAAUACUUCUUGAUUCAGAACGUAGGAAGUCUGAUGCCAGCUCACUCAUGCCUCCCCUGAGGAUCUCCCUGAUUCAGGAUAUGAGGCACAUCCAGAACAUCGGGGAAAUCAAGACUGAUGUGGGAAAGGCCAGAGCAUGGGUGCGACUGUCCAUGGAAAAAAAGUUACUUUCCAGACACCUGAAGCAGCUCCUCUCAGACCAUGAGCUCACCAAAAAGUUAUAUAAGCGCUAUGCCUUCCUGCGCUGUGAUGACGAGAAGGAGCAGUUCCUCUAUCACCUCCUGUCUUUCAAUGCCGUCGAUUACUUUUGCUUCACCAAUGUCUUCACAACUAUCCUGAUCCCGUACCACAUUCUGAUCGUACCAAGCAAGAAGCUGGGGGGCUCCAUGUUCACUGCCAACCCAUGGAUCUGUAUAUCAGGAGAAUUGGGUGAGACACAGAUCCUGCAGAUUCCCAGGAAUGUGCUAGAGAUGACCUUCGAGUGCCAGAACUUGGGGAAGCUUACUACUGUCCAGAUUGGCCAUGAUAACUCUGGACUGUAUGCCAAAUGGCUGGUGGAGUAUGUGAUGGUCAGGAAUGAGAUCACAGGACAUACCUACAGGUUCCCGUGUGGCCGGUGGUUAGGGAAGGGCAUGGAUGAUGGAAGCCUGGAGCGGAUCCUAGUUGGGGAGCUGCUCACAUCCCAGCCUGAGGUGGAUGAGAGGCCAUGCCGGACCCCGCCGCUGCAGCAGUCCCCCAGUGUCAUCCGGAGGCUUGUUACCAUCUCACCCAACAACAAGCCCAAGCUGAACACUGGGCAGAUCCAGGAGUCCAUCGGGGAGGCAGUCAAUGGCAUUGUGAAGCACUUCCAUAAGCCUGAGAAAGAGCGAGGCAGUCUGACGCUGUUGCUCUGUGGAGAGUGUGGCCUUGUCUCGGCCUUGGAACAGGCUUUCCAGCAUGGAUUUAAAUCGCCCCGGCUCUUCAAAAAUGUCUUCAUUUGGGAUUUCCUGGAAAAAGCACAAACCUAUUAUGAGACAUUAGAGCAGAAUGAAGUAGUCCCUGAGGAAAACUGGCAUACAAGAGCCCGGAACUUCUGCCGAUUUGUCACUGCAAUCAACAAUACUCCCCGGAACAUCGGCAAGGAUGGCAAGUUUCAGAUGCUGGUGUGCUUGGGAGCCAGGGUUAUCGUGAAGAUUAAAUCUCUUAUGUCAGUGCCAGCACAUGCUGAGUGUUAUGUGAGAGAUCACCUCCUACACCACUGGAUUGCCCUGCUGGCUGACUGCCCCAUCACUGCACACAUGUAUGAGGAUGUGGCACUGAUCAAAGACCAUACACUUGUCAAUUCCUUGAUUCGUGUGCUGCAGACAUUGCAGGAGUUCAACAUCACGCUGGAGACGUCCCUUGUCAAGGGCAUCGACAUCUGACCUCCCAGCACCAGCCAGCAGCAGGACUGAGAAAGACUCACCCUGCAGCUCUGACCUUUCUUCCCAAAGGGACUUUAGCGAUUGUGCAGGAGUAGGAGACAAAAUGUACACUCACUGUAAAAAGAAAACUAGAGGAUUUUUGGAAUAAAUAAUCUAUUUUAGAGUUUAUUUGCUGAUUUGCUUUUUACACACUUUCAUGUGAAAGAGUGAUAGGGAGAGGGAGCGAGGCUGGUGCCGCUUAUUUUGAAGCUGGUGCCCUCCCUCGCCGUGGCCACAUGCUGGAAGCCUGAGGCCUCCCUGGACUGAGCCUGUGGCACUGCGUGCGGGACAGUUAUGUUUCCUUGCCCCGUCGCAUUAAUGAGGCCCUUCCACAUCAUUUUUAAACUAAUGUUUUUCUAUAUUAACAUUAUUAUGGAUAUUUGGCUUUCAUAGGCCACACACAGGUGUGCUGCGCGGGAAGCCCCAUGCUCCAAUCAAAGGGAUUUUUAGUAGUGCCUCUAAGCAAGCACUGAUGAGUCAGUCCCACGUAUUUUCUUUUUUGUCAGUAUUAUUUGGGAAGGAGACAUGCCGGGAUGUGUCAUCGUGCCAAAUACCACAUUUCCUGUUGGCACAGUUUCACAGAAGUAAACAUAAGCAUGUUUUAACAGGUUUUUCUUUUCUUUUUUCUUUUUUAAAAUGUUUUAUUUAUUUAACCCGCCAUUGUGUGUUUUUAAGUAUUUUCUUUUUUUAAGGAAAGGAAAAGCUUGUCACAAUCUAACUGGCUAUGUUAUUAUUAUUAAAUUUAUGUUUUGCAACUUAGAAACCAGCUACAUACAGUAUGGCCCACUUAAUAAAACACCUGAAACAAAAA